GCGGACUUUAGUAUAAUCUAGAUGAUAGGCUACCACGGGAAGGAAGAAAGAAAAAAAGAAAAGAAAAAAGUUUUGGAGCGGGCCCCUGGUGACGUGCAGGGCCUGCAGGGCGGUGUUCUCAGGCGGGGAAAGAGACUGACUGGGGUGUGAGCCACAUCUGGAAUAGUAGCUACGGAGAAAGUAGUCGAGAGAAGCAGAAGCUUGGCGAUACUUUCCCAGGUCUUCAGCAGUCCUUUUCCACGGAAACAAACCUCUUGCUUUGCCUUUCUAUCUACUUGAAAAAUGCUGCUCAUCCUGCUCGGAGUGCUUAUCUUGCACUUAAUCAUUCUCAUUCUUCUCAUUGUGUCAACAGCAGCCAGUGCCUGGUCUGUAGGUGGGGAUAUGAGCACAGAUCUAUGGUACACUUGCAUGACAAGUAAUGGAGGCUACCACUGCAAGCCAGCCAGCAAUGAAGACUGGAUCCAGGCAGUGCAAGCCCUCAUGAUCCUGUCCUUGCUCUUCUGCUUCUUUUCCCUCAUUGCAUUUUUGUAUCAGCUCUUCAAGCUGGUCAAGGGCGGACGCUUCUACUUCACCGCCAUCUUCCAGAUCUUGGCAAGUGUGUUUGUGAUGUGUGGGGCGAUCAUCUACACUCUGAUGAGUCCGGAUGAUGAUCCCAGUACACAGUUCGGCUACGCCUACGUGCUGGCCUGGGUAGCUUUCCCUCUCUGUCUCAUCAGUGGCUUCAUUUAUAUCGUCCUGAGGAAGAAAGAAUGAGAGAAGGAGCAGAGGAGAAAAGAGGAGGGGUUGUAAGGAGACCCCUUACCACAACAUCGCACUGUGCCUACUGCCCACAGACCAUAGACUGACAUCCCAACAAUACAACAAAAGUGCAUGUGUCACUAACAAUUGUAAACACAAUAAGGAAAUAUGCUGGGGAUCUUUUUGUUGCUGUAUUUCAGUGUCCAUUAUGUUCCCAUCAUUUGCUGAAAAAUGUCACACCUGUUUGCUAUGUGAAGUUUAACAAACGCUACAAAUUUUUCCUGUGGUGACAGUGUCCUCAAAAUGUGUUUAGAAAUGUGUUGGUGACACAUGGACUUUUGUUGCCUGCUGGCACUCGACUUCCACAAAUCCAUCACGUGUGAUAACAACGGUGAACAAUCCUGCCUUUCUUCAGUACAAAGAUGUACAUAGUGUCUGUGGUUUUUAGACAUAUUUAUAACAUUUUUACAUACAUUUUGUACAUAGUGUUGUCAAGUUAACAUUGUCAUUCUCCUUUUGUGAUAGAGUUUGUGUCUCUCACAAAUCAUGCAGCUGUGCCAAAGAGAUGUCGCAUCAACUGCCCGAUUAUCAAGCUUUUUUUUUUUAAAUCGUGUUGUCUUUUGCUUUGACAAAUGCUUUGAACAAUGUGCCUUAUGUAGAAAAUCUGUGUUCUUCUUGAAGGAAAUGAGUAAAUCCUCAGAAAUUAAACAAAAAAUAGUAACAAUAAAUUUGAAUAAACUCAUGAAGUUUUUUUCUGAAUUAUUAUUGUACUUGAUAUGUCAAAUAAAAAAAUGUUUUGCAUUUUGUAAUCUAGUUUUGAAAAAUGGUGCUUUUUAUCUACUAUUCUUGAAAUGUAUAGCCUACUUUGUGUUGCAAGUCUGUCAUGUCCUGUGAUUAAUUUGCUUUGUACAAACCUAUGUUUCCAUUUUUGUCAGUAUUCUUCUAAAUAAACCAUUUUACAUUAA